AACGAAGGUGACGCUGCGCUGCGUGUGAUAAACUUUUUUAAGGCCCCGAAUUCGCGAAUCGGUCCUGAAUUGUUCCGAGCAUCCGUGCUGCGUAGAGCCUUGGGGGUUGAGAAAGGUCAACUACCUCUUCGUCAGCGCUUCUCAAUGGACUCAUUGUCAGCAUGUUCUAUCGGAAGGCGACGGGAGACUCAUUGUGUCUGCUCGCGUUCUUCAGCAUCCACUCUUAGCGAAAAUGGCUGAAUCACCAGCAUCCGACACUUCCCAAGAGUCCGCAGACGACUCCAACGCGCAAACAGCGGCCGCGAAAGCAGCUGCGACGGCCAAGGACAAAGAAUGCCCGUACUGUCAUCAGCACUUUACCUCCUCGUCGCUGGGUCGUCACCUUGAUCAGUUCAUCUCCAAGAAAAGACCAGACGGUAUACACGAUGUCGACGAGAUCCGGAGGAUGCGAGGAGGAAUUACACGGCGUACGGCCAGAGGGUCUCGAAAAGACAACAGGAAGGAACGCGGCGAUACAGUGUCAUCACGCACGUCUCCGGAACCGGGAAGUCAAGUAGAUAUCAUACCAUCCAACAUCAGCGACCUGAAUCGGGGACCUCCCGGUGGGGUGCAUAUGCGACUCAACCGGUUGAAUUGGCAGGCGACGGGCGUCAUUACCGAUCCAACGACACUCGAUUCACCUGUGGCUGCGCUUCCUCCAACGCCGGCCCUCGUCUCGAGCCCAUCCGGCACAAAGCGCAGUUUCUCGACGUAUGCGCAGGACGGCAAUCCUAGUACGCAGACUGGCGAGACGACGCGCGCCCUCGAACUCGCUCUGCGCGAAGUCCUCGACUCCCUACGAGCGGCGACGAAGCACGCAUCACCCAAGCCCACACCCUUCAAAUUCGAUGUCCAAUCGCAGACAUAUCCCUCUCUAUGCCUCAAAGUCCUGCCUGCGCCGGCCACUCUAUUCCAGGCAUCUCCUUUCUCCACGCCGCAGUCCAUACCCAUCUCGCCGCCUGGGCCUGAACAGCUACAGCCGCUGCGGCACAAACUGAUUCAGACGAUCGACUAUUGGAAAUGGCAGGCACUGCGACUUGCACAGCCAACAACCUCAAACAUUGCCGAAGAAGCCGAAUUUCUCACCCGCACCGCUGCCCAGUGGAGCGAAUCGACCCUUAGCCAUCUUGACGCAUGCUACCAGAAUUGGAUGGUGCAUCCCCCCGAAGUCCGUAACCUGCUCUGGCAGGUCGAGUUGUUGAGGUCGUACAAAACGGAGCAGGAAAAAGUGGUGGAGAUGGAGGAGAAGCUCGAGUCCUUACAGCAAGAAGCCAACCAGUUGCAACAACAGGUGGAAUAUCUGUCUCGGUGCCAGUGGCCCCGCGAAAUGGCGCUGUGGCCGCCCGAGCGCAGGGCGUUCGGUCCUUCGAUGCGAGAAGAACUCCGUCUGAUCAACCUGAGCAAAGUACCGGGCGCGGAAGGCGCCGACGAAGUGGCGUCCCUCGCGGACAAUGUGAACACACGAGGCGACAAGUGGGACUUUGAAAAGCUGGUGAAUAAAUGGAAGACGCAUCUUCGAGAAGACAAGACCAGGCGCAUACCACAAACUCAACCUCAUGGGGAAGGCGGAGCCACCAAAGUCGCGGAACUGAAAAAGUCACAGAGUGAGCCUGGCGUGAAUGGGUUGGCUAAUGGGCAGUCACCCAUCAGCGAGGAACAACGGCGCAAGAGCAUGAGGAACCAAAAAGGCAAUAUCAGCAUAAUAUCCGACUUAUGAGACAAUGGCACAUGGUUUCAAAUGGUUGAAAAGAAUCAAUUGUCUCCUUGCAGACCUAUGAUCAUGUAAUUAUGUCCCUGCCCAGAUAAAUCCCGGGGCCGGUUUGCAUACCACCAACCCAAACAAAUGUCCUUUUUCCCAAGAAGUGUAAUACCGUGUAUCUAAACGCUCAUUCAAUUGCUUUCGUUCCGUCAUGUCGUUAGAUCAAAACCAAGAAUCGCCCUCA